UUAAAAUUUCAGAUACGUGUACAUAUGUAUGUAAUAGUAUGUACAAUAGCGGCGAAGGAUAGAAGUCAAUAGAUUUAAGAAUUUUUUGAAUAUUACGCUUAAUUUUUAUUUGUACUUAUUUAUUUACCGUGUAAAAUUUUACUAACGUAUUCGUUAAGAUUACAGAAAGUCAAGCAUGUUCCGUACUUUGGAUACUUUCGAUACAGAAUUUUCCGCUGAUUCAGUUGAAUGGUGCCCAAUAGAUUCCUUCAAAGAUGUAUUUGUUUGUGGAACGUAUCAAUUAAUGAAAGACGAGAAUUUACCAUCCAAUGUGUCAUCAAAACGUUUAGGAAGAAUUUAUCUAUUUCAAAUUGUACAAAAUGGACGCUUAAUAAUAUUGCAAAAAUUAGAAGUACCCGCUGUAUUGGAUAUGAAAUGGGCGCAUGUUACAUUACAAAAUAAAAUUUUACUCGGUGUUGUAAACUCUUUAGGGCACUUACAAAUUUAUGAACUUAAAAAUGACAACGAAAAGAUAACUUUAGAAUUAUUAGUGCAAAAGAGAGUUGGCGAUGAAGUACUUGCAUUAUCUUUAGAUUGGUGUACCGGAAGAUUGAUGAAUGAAGUCAGUUUAAAAAUAGUAGUUAGCGACUCAAAAGGUUUCGUCUCAUUGUUUGAGUUAAACGAGAAUGAACUUAAUGAAAUUAAUUCAUGGUCAGCACAUGGAUUUGAAGCAUGGAUUGCAGCUUUUAAUUAUUGGAACACAAACAUCAUAUAUAGCGGUGGCGAUGACUGUAAAUUUCAAUGUAUUGAUACGAGGAUAAAGACUCGGGUUUCAAAUAAAGUUCAUGGUGCAGGCGUUACAAGUAUUCAUAGUAAUGCAGCGAGAGAAUUUUUAUUAUCAUCUGGAAGUUAUGAUGAAAUAUUGAGAUUAUGGGAUACGAGAAACUUGAAGCAACCAAUUUCAAAUAUCAAUCUGGGCGGCGGUAUUUGGCGUUUAAAAUGGGAUCCCUUUAAGCGGAAAUAUUUGUUGGCUGCUUGCAUGUAUAGCGGAUUUAGAAUAGUCGACUGCGAAAACACUGAAAUACCAUCUGUUAUUGGCGAGUAUAAUGAACACGAAAGUAUAGCAUAUGGGUGCGAUUGGAGUUACUUAAAUAGCGAAGAAAUAUCAGGACAAAUACUCGAAAAAGAAACACAAUAUGCAUUUUUAAUAACUACUUGUUCUUUUUAUGAUCAUGUUUUAAAAUUAUCCGCAUUAUAUUUAAAGAAUAACUAAAGAUUUUUCAAUAAAGAAGAACCGAAAAUUUAUAUAUCUACAACAGGUUAAAUUUGAAGAGUUACGAAGCAUGCGCAAGAAAAAUUAAAGGAUCCCGGCAUCGCGUCGCUAUUCGAUGAACGUGGAAUGGUUUAGAGAGUCGCUGGAAGAUGGCAAUGUGGCAGUACGAGCUGCAUUUCGCCGCGGCCAGUUCGAUAAAAAUCAGUCGUUCAUAGGGGCUGUUUUGGCGUGGUUUCAGUGCUGUGAUUUCUGUGACGAGUUCGCGUUCAGUUCCGCGGUAAAUUAUCAGUGAUUAGUUUUGGAUGUACAAACGAAGGAUGUCUGGUUGGAAAAUGUGGACAAACAAAUGUGGCUGUUUGGUUUAUCGUAGAUAUUCGCAUCUGGGGCUGUCAACUUCAUUCAGUUCACGAUCUCAUCUCCGCGUAAAACAGGCCUUAGAGGGACUUUAUCCGAUAGACGUUGAAAAGCAGAAUCGUACACACCUUUUAAUUUUCUUAUCUAGUAUCUAGUGGAACACUGCACAGCAGUAGAAGGAAUGAACGCAAGUGUGCAAAAGAUUCUAAGGGAUGAAUGAUGGGAAUGGGUGGAGAAAUAAUUAAAGAAGAUGGAAAGAAUAAGGGAAAAAGUGAUGGAAGAAAUACCAAAGAUUAGAAGGUGCAAUAAGCAGACUGUUAACAAUAGAGGUGGCUUGUGGAAACAAUAGUUUUGGAAUAGGAAGAACAUCUAGCGUAGAUUCUUAGUAUGUGUAACUAGAUUAAGGAUAGCAUAAAAAUAAUGUAUGGAAGGACAAGUGAGAAGAUCGGAUGAAUCAGCGUGUGGUUAGAAAAAUUGUAAUUAAAUUCUUGUUCAAAUGACCGGUUUCAAAAUUUAACAUAAAAUUCUACAUUCAUUGUUAUUUCUUUUGUUCAUCUAACUUUCAUCUAACUGUUCAUCUAAAUUCGUAUAUUAGCAAACAUUGAGAAAUUGAUUAAUCAGAUAAUAUAAGAAUUUACAUAAAGCUAAAUGAAUAAAAAAGGAAGUAACAAUAUAUGUAAAAUUAGCAAAAAUUGAGAAAUUGAUUAAUCAGAUAAUAUAAGAAUUUACAUAAAGUUAGAUGAACAAAAGAAAUAACAAUGAAUGUGCAGUUUUAAAUUAAAUUUUGAAACCAGUCAUUUGACCGGGCCUGGUAAGGUUAGUGUUAAUAAAAUUACGUUUUCCCAUUUCUUUUUUAAUUUGCCACAGUCAUUAUGGAACAGCAGAAAUUCAUUUCAUCUUGUAGUAUGCGAAUACUCAAUACAAUUCCUCGUUUUCCACCAUGGAGCCGACAUAAUUGCAAACCUCCCCUUUCUUCCUUUUUUUCCUACUUGAGGGGAUGGAAGAUAAUUGUUAUCGCGGUCAAGCUACGCAGACCGCAUUGAAAUUUUUUAGAAAAAAACAGAAAGGAACGAGAAACUAAUUGUGCAGUCGAGCUUUUUAAUAUUACAGUACAAGCUGGCAGAAGUUAAACCAUUUUUUAAAGUAGGAACUUCAUUGAAGCUUCAGAGUGGUCUGGCUGUAAAGUUCGUUCGAAAAAUGAAACCACUGGCUUGCUAUUAAUUAUACGAAUAUAUUUAUUAUGUAAUGAUAUUAUACUCAACCGUUUUACGUCAAAGAUUCUCUUCUUUAUAUGUAUAGUGGUCUUGAAUAUAUAUAGUUGUUAAUAUAUCUUACUCUAUACAUAUAUUAUACUGGGUGAAUCAAUAAGAAGUACUAUCUAAAAUAACUCGUUAGCUAUCUGUUUCAUCGAAAAACGUCUUGAAUGAAUUACGUUGCAUUUCAAGAGACUCGUUGGAUGGAUGCUAUUUUAUUUUCCAAUAUCUUAUCUCUUCUGAUAUAUCAACCUUGAGUCUUUUAGACGACAUCAUAUAUUUUUUAUAACAUUAGAUUAUUAUGAGAAUAUUAUUAGAAUAUUAUGAGAUUUGUUCGCUCCUUGUCGUAGUUGAUUUCUCAUAGGCUUCUAUCUGUACUUUGUGACUCACAAAAUGAUACUGCAUUUAGAUUUCGUUUUAGCUAUAGAGAACUCAUUGUGGAGGCAGUAUAUUCUUGAAAAGUAUUUCUUGAGAGUCUCCGACAAGACUCCGUUGUGUUUAUGCGUUACCUGACAUGCACUCUGUCAGAUUAUUCAAGCGCUUACGACCAAGCCAAACACAUACCAUAUUUAGCUGUAUACAACUAUAGGUGGUUAGAUCUUACUUGAGUUCAGAGCUAAGGUCCCAGGCAGAGAACUUUAGAAAAAGAUAUAAAUUUGUCGACCGGUCGAAUGAUCGGUCGCGAUAAAUAAGCAAGGCGAUGAAUUUUUCUUAAUAAAAGAAGGAAGCGAAGAAGAAUGUUGAGAAAUUGAUUAAUCAGAUAAUAUAAGAAUAUAUAUAAAGAAUAUAUAUAAAGUUGAACAACAGAAAUAACAAUGAAUGUAUAAUUUUAAAUUAAACUUUGAAACCGGGCCUUGUAAGGUUAGUGUUAGAGGGUUCGCAAAGAUGAAUUGGAAUGUGACCGCUUACGGAUCGUCCAUAAAUGGAUAGAUUAGGAUUAGAAAUUGAGGUUAGGUUGUGCAAUGCUGGUAUAUAUAUUUCAUUGGACAGAAACAAAUGGUACUUUUCUUUUUAGCAGCGUUCCUUCGAUAAAACGGAGGUAGUUGUUUCUUUGAUAAAACUCGACGGGAAAGCGAGAAACGGACAAAUAUCUCUGUUGUGUCUAAACCAUACGGUGAAGCCUUGGCAAAGGCUUUCUUAGAGAGAUAGUUAGGAACAAGUGGAGGAAAGCGGAAGAUUCGUGUACCGUCACUUUGCCAUUCUCCUUCGACUUAAAGCAGUUAAAUAAUUUAAAAAAGAGAUUAAUUAUUAAUCAAUUGUCUUAAACCUAACUUAAUCUUAAACCACAAAUGUAAAAGGACCCAUAGUCUACAAUGGUCUAGGGUAAUAUACAGGGCAAUACGAAGACGGUUUUCUCAUGUACAAUCACCCCCUCCAGGUUGUGCCAUCAAUACUGAAACACUCUGUAUACAGAUAUUGACCCUCUAUAUAAUGAUUGACCAUUUGCAUAAGAAAGUAGGAAGUAUAAUAUAAUGCUUUUCAUAUGCAAUAAAAUUUAUGUAUGUUUCAAUGGUCCGGAUACAUUUCUUCCGAAUACGAUCAUAUUUUAUUAUAAUCUACAUAUUAUAUAUAUACAUAAAUCGGAAAUAACAUGCGGUAUUCGAUUUUAUACGAUCAAUGUAAUUUGAUCCAAAAGUCAUAACGCAGUAGGCUGCGAUUUUUGCAUGUUGUCAAUUAAUAGGAACGUGUAACAGGUCAUAUAAGCAUUACAUACGUAUAAAAUAUCAUCCAAGCUUUGCAAGAGAAGUUAUUUCACUCAGAAGUGUCUAUGUCUUUAAAUUAUUACCUAUAUCUUUUCUUGUGAAAGCAUCGGAAAAGAUUAUAUCAUUAUCUAUGUACAUAGUAGUAGUAAGAGUGAAAUUUUUAUUUCAAGUUUCGCCAAAAAAUGAAAUAAAAUGAAAUAAGAAUUGUACUGUUACUACUACUGUGUACAUAGAUAAUAAUAUAAUCUUUUUCGUUGCUUUUAUAAGAAAAGAUAUAGAUAUAUUUAAAAAUACACAAUAACAUUCGACAAAACAUGAACUUGGUUUUACAAAAAUAUUGUAUAUUCUUAUAAUUUAUUCUAAAUUUACAUAAUUAUCCAUGUACGUAAUUUGUAUAAUUUAUAUUUAUUUCUAUUAAUCUUUUAUUAAUUUCUGUUAUCA